CUUCCACAGCAAUAAAAAAACUCCUACGUGCUUGUAUAGGAGCCUGUAUAAAUAACAAGGCACACACAGAAAGCCACGUAGGAGAUUAGGAACCACAUCCAUUCACUUGAAAACCCCCAAUUCUUUCUUGCUUCUCUUCUUCAUCAGCUCCCACUCUCUUCCACCCACAUUCAAUUUCUCAGAGAUGGCAGCUUCAUCCGCAUGCGUUGUUGGAAGUGGUAUAUCUACCCCUAGUACUAAUACUGGUUUAAACAAAGAAUUAUACGUUAGGCAUCUAUAUUCAUCUUCAACUCGUCCGUCACUGGUUAAAGUAUCAAAAGCAUUCACGGUGAAAGCAACUUUGGACCAAAGGCAACAAGAAGGAAGGAGAGGCUUUUUAAAACUGUUGCUUGGAAAUGUAGGACUUGCCACACCUGCAUUAAUAGGAAAUGGAAAUGCUUUGGCUGAUGAACAGGGUGUAUCGAACUCAAGGAUGUCAUACUCGAGGUUUUUAGAGUAUUUGGACAAGGACAGAGUCAAUAAAGUAGAUUUGUUUGAGAAUGGAACAAUCGCUGUUGUUGAGGCUGUUUCUCCUGAAUUAGGUAAUCGUGUGCAGCGAGUUCGUGUACAACUCCCAGGCCUCAGUCAGGAACUUCUUCAGAAAUUUAGGGAGAAAAACAUCGAUUUUGCAGCACAUAAUGCUCAAGAGGACUCGGGUUCUCUUUUGUUCAACUUAAUUGGAAAUCUUGCUUUUCCAUUAAUUUUGAUUGGAGGUCUUUUUCUCCUUUCAAGAAGAUCUGGCGGAGGAAUGGGGGGUCCUGGUGGGCCAGGUAACCCUCUUCAGUUUGGUCAGUCAAAAGCUAAGUUCCAGAUGGAACCAAACACUGGUGUAACUUUUGCUGACGUUGCUGGAGUAGAUGAAGCUAAGCAGGAUUUUAUGGAGGUUGUGGAAUUUUUGAAGAAGCCUGAAAGGUUUACAGCAGUGGGAGCUCGCAUUCCUAAGGGAGUUCUACUUGUUGGUCCACCAGGAACUGGGAAAACCCUUCUAGCCAAGGCUAUUGCUGGUGAGGCAGGUGUUCCAUUUUUCUCGAUUUCUGGUUCAGAGUUUGUUGAAAUGUUUGUUGGUGUUGGUGCGUCUCGAGUGCGUGACCUUUUCAAGAAAGCCAAAGAAAAUGCUCCCUGCAUUGUAUUUGUUGAUGAAAUUGAUGCUGUUGGGAGGCAAAGAGGCACUGGUAUAGGAGGAGGGAAUGAUGAAAGAGAACAGACACUGAACCAGCUUCUGACAGAAAUGGAUGGUUUUGAAGGAAACACUGGUGUUAUUGUAAUUGCAGCAACAAAUCGUGCUGACAUUCUAGACUCUGCCCUAUUAAGACCUGGCCGAUUUGAUAGACAGGUAGCUGUUGAUGUGCCAGAUGUUCGGGGAAGGACAGAGAUCUUAAAGGUUCAUGGUAGCAACAAAAAGUUCGAUGAAGAUGUAUCUCUUGAGGUGGUAGCUAUGAGGACACCUGGUUUUAGUGGAGCUGAUCUUGCAAACCUAUUAAAUGAGGCUGCUAUAUUGGCUGGCCGACGUGGGAAGACUGGAAUCUCAUCCAAAGAAAUUGAUGAUUCAAUUGAUAGGAUAGUGGCAGGAAUGGAAGGGACUGUCAUGACAGAUGGAAAAAGCAAAAGUUUGGUAGCAUACCAUGAAGUAGGACAUGCCAUUUGCGGAACUCUAACGCCUGGACAUGAUGCCGUUCAAAAGGUCACACUGGUCCCACGUGGCCAAGCAAGGGGUCUAACCUGGUUCAUUCCUUCGGAUGACCCAACCUUGAUCUCGAAGCAGCAACUUUAUGCAAGAAUAGUUGGCGGACUUGGUGGAAGAGCAGCUGAGGAAGUGAUAUUCGGAGAAUCUGAGGUGACCACUGGUGCAGUUAGUGACCUGCAGCAGAUCACUGGAUUGGCCAAACAGAUGGUAACUACAUUCGGCAUGUCUGACAUUGGCCCAUGGUCGCUUAUGGACUCAUCUGCUCAGAGUGAUGUGAUCAUGAGAAUGAUGGCUAGGAAUUCUAUGUCUGAAAGGCUUGCCGAAGAUAUUGACAAAGCUAUAAAGAGGCUUUCAGAUAGUGCAUAUGAAAUUGCUCUAGGCCAUGUUAAAAACAACCGUGAUGCAAUGGACAAGAUAGUGGAAAUUCUUCUUGAGAAGGAGACUAUGACUGGGGAUGAAUUCCGAGCAAUCCUGUCCGAGUUUACUGAGAUUCCCGUUGAAAACCGUGUAUCACCUUCAGUAUCAACUCCUGUCCCUGUAUAAUAUGGAGAUAUACCCUUGCAGACCUGCAACUUGUAAUGUUCAGUUUUAACAUUUCUCAACUAAAUGUAAAACCUUGUAUCAUUCCACAUACAUAAGUCCAUGUAAACUCUGUAUUUAGUCGAGACUUCUGCAAAAUAUACAUAUAAUUCUGUGUA